AUGCUGUCCAACACCGGAUCCCUCGUUUUCGGCCUCCUUAGCGUUGCCCAGCUCGUCAGCGCAACCCCCUCCGACACAGCUGUCGCUGUCUCAUCUCCCAUCUACCCAACCGCCACCGACAUGAUCCCCCCUCCCGCUUCCACUGGCACUGGGAUCAAGCCUGCUCCUCCUGUCUCCACAGAUGACUGCCUCGCCAAGUGCGAGGACGCUCGCAGCAAGUGCAGCACCGCUCCUGAUGCCAACCAGGCUACCUGCGCUGCUGCAUUUGCUGACUGUGUCGGCUACUACCCCUACAACACCGAAGGCAACUUUGUUCCUCCUACCGCUUGCUCUUCCGCUACAACUCUCGCUUCCACUGUGAAGCCCACUGAGCCUGCCAAGCCUACCGAGGGGAAGCCCACUGGUGAGGUCAAGCCCACUGAGGAGAAGCCUACCGGCGAGGUCAAGCCCAAGCCUACCGGUGAGGUUAAGCCUGAGCCCACUGAGACUGCUGUUAUUGUCAGCGGUGCUGGACAUGUCUCUUCUGGUCAGGUCGUUGGUCUCCUCGGCGCUGUCGGUAUCGCUGCUCUCGCUUUCCUCUAA